AUGGAUUGGGACAAAUCUUAUCACCAAAACUACCCGUUCGAGAUGGACGGCAACUUUUCCACCGACCAAACAUAUUUUUUGGAUUGCCACGAUCCAACAUACAAUGGAAAUUACGAGCAACAGGGGGAAAGCCAAUUCUGGCAAAACUCAACGAUAUAUCCUCCUCCACAUUCAACAACUACCGAGAGUGGAUCGGAGGGAUAUUCCUUCGACUCUGGCUCAACCCCCUGUGCGUUCCCUUCAACAACAUCGUCCCCGUACGCUCUACCCUGUCACAACUUUCAUGACGUUGGAAUAUCGGGAUCUGGCAUUGACUUGACCGACGAGGAGAUAUGGGAGUGGUUACAGUCGAAUCCUCUGGACUCGAUACCAUCCUACAACCCCUCUCUAUUUGAGAACCAAGAUAGUACCCAAGCCUGUCUUGUAUCUCAAAUGGAGCGUCCUCUCCUGCCGAAGCCAGAGGCUCCGGCCUGUAACCAAGCGGCCAAUUCCCCAAUUCCAGUCGAAAUCGCCAAGCUAGAGCCAAGGAGGCGAAGGAGGAAGAACCCUGCAGAUCUUCGAAAAAACCGUCGCAAGCAGGAGAAGCCAGAGAAGUGCCUUGCAUGUGGGAAGGGCCAUGCGGAUACCAGGGCGCUGGAACGUCACAUUGUUUCGAAUCAUCGUGAUGAAGCUAUCCAGCUGGGCCUUGAUGUAUCCAAGGUGGACUGCCCUUAUUGUGAUCAGACCUUUGAUAGAAUUCGGAAGGAUAGAUUGACUAGGCACGUCAAAACCCAACACCCCGAUUUGUACCAAUAUCAAUUUCAAUUGAAUUAA